AUGGCAACCCCUACUACUGAUACACCCAUGGCUGAUGUUGUGCCUGAAGUUGGCGAUGUUCAUGGUAUGACUGAUAUGAGUGAGAUGACUAUUGUCCCUGUUGAGGCCGAUAUGCAUACUCCCGAUCCUGGCAAUGAGUUGGUGUCUGUGGAUGCUGACAUGCAUGCUCCUGUCCAGAAUGAUAUGCAUACCCCUGUUGCUGGCCAUGAGAUGGUGCCUGUUGAGGCUGAUAUGCAUACUCCUGUUGGCAGCCAUGAGAUGGGGACAACGCAGCCAAACAAGCGUAAAAUGCUGAGAUCACUUCUUUCAAAGGGGGUGCAUGCAAAGAAUGGCUUUAAUUUUGUCCAGUUCAAUCCUCAAAGAAUGAUGCAUACUAGAAAUAAGAAAGCAGCUGAAUUUAUUGCCAAAGGCUGGAAUGCUCUUAGAGAAGUUGAUAGAGUUAUAGACUAUUGUGAACGUGAAGACAAGCGUCUCAUCCCUAUGCUAAAGACAGCGAAGGAGAACUUUGAGUUGGCUUUAGAGGUUGAUAACUUAAAUAGCCAUGCAAGAUACUGGUUGUCUAAACUUCACCUGAAAUAUCAUGUCCCUGGUGCAUGCAAAGCUAUAGGAGCUGCUUUAUUGGUAGAAGCUGCUGAAAUGGGUAACAAAGAUGCACUCUAUGAGUUGGGCUGCAAACUUAGAGUAGAUAUGCAUCCGGGUGCUCUUUACCUCUUAGGCGCUGUUUACUUGACAGGAGAUUGUGUGAAGAAAGAUCUUGCAUCAGCUUUAUGGUGUUUCCAUAGGGCAUCUGAGAGGGGUCAUGCAGGGGCUGCCAUUGCCUAUGGAUCCCUUCUUCUUAGAGGUGUUGAAGCUCCAGAAUCACUUACAAGAUUAGAGAUGAAGAAGAGGAGCUUGAUUAGACACCGAAACAAGAAAGAGGAACUCUUGGAGCUUAAUCCCAUUGAGAUGGCUAGAAAGCAAUUUGAAAUAGCUGCUAAAGCCGGAUGCGACCUAGGGUUUAGAUGGUUGAAGAGACUAGAGGAGGAAGAGAAGCGUCUGAUGCCUUCAUAA